AAGGACAACUACAACUCUACAAGGCCUCCUAACUCUUUCUCCACGAAAAAAGAGGAGGAAAAAAAAAGUCCCAACUUCUCUCCCUCGAUUAAACUUUCGGCUUCCCCCAAAUUGAUCCGGCCAGAUUAAACUUUUUCGGCGAGAUCGGAAAUUCAGAUCUUCCGAAAAUUUGAAGCACUCUGUACUUACAUUAGAAUAAGAGAAGACAUGGCGGUACAUGGUGAUUCUGGGUUAUCGGACCCGAUACUUAAAGGGGCUUUUGAUGAUGCAGUAGUCAUCAAUGCCGAAAAUAUGACGAAUAACACCAAAGUCAUAUAUUACAGCCGUACAUUCAUGUCAAUAAUUGGAGGAGUCAUUGCAGGGAUCUUGGGGUUCACCGGACUUGGUGGGUUUAUCUUCUACCUAAUGGUGAUGGCUGUUACUUCAGUGGGACUUACUGCCAAGGCCAAGUUCUCUAUCCACUCGUAUUUUGACGGCUGGAAUCGUGUUUUGCUUGAUGGCUUCUUGGGUGGCCUGAUGUCGUUCGUGCUGUUUUGGACAUUUGCCUAUGAUAUUGUUCACAUUUUUUGAUGGGGCAAAGGACCUAAUCGCUGCUGCUGCUGCUGCUGCUGCCGCCCACGCCACUUUCAGUCCCUGUUUGCAAUGCGGAUUUCCAAAUUCAGAAGUUAUGGGGCACACACUUUUUGUUCACCACAUCGCCUUCCCAUUAAACACAAGCUUAACUUUGCAUAGUUAUUAUACUUUUUAUUUAUAAUGUACUGUGGAGCUGGUUCUUCUCACAAGUUUUCUGUAGACAAUUAAUUUGAGCAGAUGGCUAAACUUACAUAUGUUUCACUCUCUUCAGAACAAACAUAGUCGGAGGAGAAUUCAUUCCCGUAAAAGGGAUUUUCUAUUUUCCUUUCAUUGGUUUGUAAAAGCAUAAUAUUUAUCCCCUACUAUUCCUUAUCCUUUUUCUUCUCCCA